AUGGCAGGGAUGUUGAUCAUCAUUAUCAUCAUCAUCAUUUUUUUUAAUGCUGCCAUUAAAAUCAUGCUUGAAGCAGCUUUCAACAAACAAAACAGCUCAGCCCAAAUAGCUGCAGACAAGCACCAAUAUCAUUCCUGGAGCUAUAUACAUAAUCAAGGCAACAAGGCAGUGAGCAGAGACUUCCAUAGACGUUUGGGGGAAAUGCCGUCUAGCUCCAGUGAUGUUCCUAUAAACUUUAUCCACACUAAUAAUCCUCUGGUACAGUCUUUUAUAAAGAGAUGCCACACAGUUUCUUAUCUUGAAACCCAGAAAGCAGCUUUGGAGAACUGCAAUAGAAAUGGAGAUGGGGAUUUUUUUAAAAACGAAGCCAUUGCUUCUGCUGCUUAUCCUGCUACAGAUGGUAGUAGUGAUGACAUGCUUUCUGUAAUCAGAUCGAGUUUGAAAAGAGGAAAUGGCAGUGUAGAGGACAAGCCUUCAAUAGAAAAAGAGAUAUCUGAAAAUGAGAAAAGAAAUAAAGAGUUGCUGAAAUAUUUAAAAACCGUGAAUGUUAACCUAAAACCGGAUCCUAUAGAAGUCAAGGAAGACGUUUCCUCUUCAUCUGAGAGUGAUACAUUUUCAUACCCUGAUUUUCUUCCCCCGCCUUACAAUACCUGGGAUUUACAAAAAAUGUCCGCAUCAAAAUUGGAUGAAUGGAAAUCAUCCUUUAAUCCACCUCUCGAAGAAUCACUUUGCAAACUAAUUUCUCGUCUGGUGGAAAUGGAGAAGUUACAACACUUGACGAUAUUAAAAGAAAGGACAAGAGAGACUGUUUCUCCCACUAUGGCGGUUAACAACCGCACCAGUUUUUCAAAAGAUGCACACCAGUUUAAGCAACUGAAGCAAUCUGAUAGUUCAUGUCCUCAGGCAGGUUUUGAUGGAGAUCUUCACCAUUUUGGCUGCUGCAUGCAAGAAUUGGACAUGCCAAAAUGCACUUGCCAGCGCUGUCAUAGUAAGUGGAAUUCUGGAGCAUCGUCCCCUGCACGUCCGUCCACAAAGCCCUGCCGAGCAUCGUGCAGUAGGUGCAACAAGUGCGCCAAAGCUCCAGUAAUCUUAGACUCAAGAAAUGUACCCGCACGGAGAGCUCUGUCCUGCUCUGCAAGCUCACCAAAAAUUCGAUCCGCUGUCAAAACAACUUCAACUAAGUUGCUUUUACCCAGUGCAGCUGUAGCUUACUCCUUACCUGACAGCGAAAGUUCAAAAUGGAAGCAGCCAAGGACAAAACGAAAACCUUGUAGAAAAAAUGGAGCGAUAACGAGUAAACUAAAAUCCAUACCUGUUAUUUCAAAAGAAAAAUGCUCGCCUGCUGACCAGCAAUGAUCUGUUGAACUAAGUCAUCAGGCAUUCAUUAGUAUUCGAGCAAAAGGAUUGAGCAAUGGUGAUUUGGAAAGCUGUAUCCAGUUUUUAAUCUGUGUUGUAUGAAAAUAUCAGAUUUUAUUUUUUCCGGGAGAACAUUUUCAUGUAAGAUUUUAAAAGAAACCGAUAGCAAAAAAGGAUUCCUACCUUUCUAUCAUAUAAUAAUAAUUGUAAUCAUAGUAUUCUUUAUCUUUUUAAAAAAAUUAAUGUUAAGAUGGUUUUUUUAUAUAAAAAGUUUAAAUUGAAUAGGCAAAUAAAGUGCAGUCCUUUGCUAUUGGUGUGAUUCUAAACUGUAAAAAAUAAAUGA